GCAAGUAUGAUUACCCAUUGGUAAAGCGUAAUGGUUUAACCUAAGUAAACUCCUCUACGUUUAUUAACCAAGGCAUUUGACAUCGAUCACGUGGUUAACCCACGCUGGUUUAUACCAGCCUCAGCCACGCCCACUUCUGGUCUUACUUCCCCACAAUAACGUUCGAGCUGGAUAGUUAGGAACUGGACAUGAGGGGUGUUGUUGUGUUCGUGUGUCUGGUCUGGAUGGGUCUGGAGUGCUCAGCAGAUCUGCAGAUCCCCAUAGAGACGACAGAGGGGGCUUCAAAGACGGUCGUUGACGAGAUAAGUGCGUUAAAGCUGACGUCGCUUGCGAGUUUCUUGGACAAAGCAAAGCUGACAGACGCUCUGAAGGGGAAAGGUCCCUUUACAGUUUUCGCACCAGCUGACGAGGCGUUCAAACGGCUGUCUAAACCUGUUCUGGACGCCCUGAACAAAGGCACUGCCACGGCCAAGGACGUCCUGCAGUACCAUGUUGUCAGUGGACACACCAUCAUGUCCAAGGACCUGAAAAACGACGAGACUGUCGGCAUGUUGAACAAGAGGAACGCAACUAUCAACGUCUAUCAACACAUGAAUGCAGGAAAGAUCUACACCAUCAACGGUGUUGACAUCACGAAGGCUGAUAACAAGGCCGAUAAUGGAGUCGUCCAUGAGAUCAGCAGAGUACUCUACCCAUUUCCCAAUGGUACAGUCGGAGACCUCAUCAAAUAUAGCGAAGCUCACAAAACUCUUUGUCAGCUGUUAGACAAGUCCAAACUGAUGACGACACUACAGAACACCACACAGAUGUUCACACUGUUCGCGCCGACUGACGCCGCCUUUAAACUCGCCAACAUGACGGAAAUCAACAAACUGAACAACACUGAGCUUAGCAAGGUUCUCCUUCGCCACGUGCUGCCAGAUAUCUACUACCAACAGGCGUUCUAUGAUAACGAGAGUAUCAAGACUUUGUCCAAGGAGACCAUGGUGCUCAUUGUGGGGGUUGGCGGGGUUUCUGUUGUUGUUGACCAGAUAGAAGGCUACGUCAACAAUCCCAACCACGCAUGCACCAACGGCGUUGUCCAUGCCAUCGACCGUGUUCUGUUCAAGUGACGUCACAUCCGUCCUCAAGUGACGUCACGUCCGUUCCGAGGAGACGUCACAUCCGCCAAACUUUUCGCAUUCUGUAUAAUAGCGGUGGAGAGAAAAUUGUCCGUUAAGAAUUUUCAAAACGGUUGGCAAUUGCAACAACACUGAAUUGUGCAGUUAUACAAAUAGAAAUAUGUUCAGUAUUACAAUGUAGAAAUUUGUUUCUACGUAAUUCAAGAUAUCAUGCUGCAGUGUCAAUGAAACUCAAAAAUCAUGACCAUAGCAUAUUCGGAAUAUACCAUCAAAAGUUCCACUGUAAUACCUUAGAAAGCUGCUAGGAGGCCCAUGAUUGAAUUUGUCCUUCGUUUUGUAGACGCCUGUCCACAUCUUAAAUACCAUAAAUAUCCAUCCACAACUUCUUUGGCUGUGCUGGCAUCACAAACACACAAACGAACACGAAAAGACAACCUUCUAAAUUGGUGAGCGUAAUUAUGUGACGCUGCGUUUAGCUUACGACACGCGGUUGCAAAAGCACUAUAGUGAGAAACCUCGAGCUUUAUGGGCUCAUACUUCCAAAUGGCAAGACUGUUCGUAUGAAAUCUUAAAUCAAAGUCUUCAGGCGAGAAUUCCGUGCCUUGAAGCUUGAAAUGGACAUGAAUUUUUCAUGCUUUGAAGUGAAGACUUCUCCUGUUGAUGGCGCCAAGAGAUGUCUUUAGUGAAAACGCCAUUUGUUUUACUGUAUUUUAUCUGAUGGCUCUCAAAGGGGGACGACAAGUUGCAGUUGUUGUGAGUAAUAGUUACUUUUAACUUUUGACAUGAUCAACUGAGAUGGAUGACGCCAUUUUAGACUCUUUGGGCUGCAGUGUGUCUCUGUCCGCUAGGUGGCUUUCUUAGCCCUUCUUAGCCCUUGUCCAUGACAAAAUGAAAGGUUUAUGUAUUUGGUUAUAACGUUAUUUCUAGUUUUCUCUUAAAGCAGGGACGUAGCCAAACGCACCCUGGUUAGAUAACAGUGUCACAAACGUUGAGAAAACAAAGAAACAGUCGUUUUGAAAUCUUUAAAGGCAGAAUGACAGCUAUUUCAGCACCAAGGUCAGCCCCAAUCUCCCAAAUCGAAUGUAAAAGCAGCAUAGUUAAAAGAACAUGUAAUUUUCUGACGCCAUUUGAACUGUUAACGGCCGUUUGGUGUGACGUCAUAUCCUGUGUGUUAUGUCGUUUGACUGCGUAAACGACGCCAAUGACGUCACGAAAUUUUACGCGCGCUUUUGGGGAUAAUCAGGCAAUCUGAGGUGACAGAAAGACGAGUUCUACACGAAUUUAUUAGUCAUAGGCGCCUGGACAAAUUAUGAGACGAAUUAACCUGAAAAUCGGUUUGUACAUUUUAUAAGUUGAGAUGAUUUACGAUGCACAUAACCGACAGCUACAUAUAAACUGCAAUAAAAUUGAUCUUUAAUGACUAAUUACAUGGAACCAGCGUCACAAUAUUCCGGUUAUUGUCGUUAACUACCAAAAGUCCAAAGACACGUCGACAGAGGGUAUUUGAGGUAAGGUUAUGGAUUUUGCAAUCAAAUUCUGGCUUAUUCUCAAAAACUAACUUUCUUGUUGAGAAACAAGGCAAACGAUUGUGGUUCCAACGGCUGAAUCUACAACAUGGAUCCAACA